ACACGGGCGGAGACGGGAAGCAGAGGCCAGGCGGGCGGGACUGAGGGACUCAGAGUGACGCGCGGGCUGGGAAGAAGAAUCGAGGUUUGGCUCGGGCGGGGACGACAAUCAAGUGAAGCGCCGGGACGGCGGUCGAUGCGGGCGGGCGAGAGAGGCCUUUGUCUCCUCCUCCCGCGCGCUCGGUGGUGCCACUCCGAUCCCCAUGAGCCCGCGGCCCCCCGGCGCCCGGGCGUCCUGCAGCCCCUGACCUGCCCUGUCCUCGCCAUGGCCGAGGCAGCCUCGGGCGCCGGGGGCGCGACCCUGGAGGGGGAGCGAGGGAAGAGGCCCCCGCCGGAGGGCGAGCCUGCAGCGCCUGCGUCUGGAGUCCUGGAUAAACUGUUUGGGAAGAGGCUCCUGCAGGCUGGCCGCUACCUGGUAUCCCACAAGGCAUGGAUGAAGACGGUACCCACCGAGGACUGUGACGUGCUCAUGACCUUCCCAGACACCACCGAUGACCACACGCUGCUGUGGCUGCUGAAUCACAUCCGAGUGGGCAUCCCUGAGCUGAUCGUGCAAGUUCGCCACCAUCGCCACACGCGUGCCUAUGCCUUCUUUGUCACAGCCACAUAUGAGAGCUUGCUCCGGGGGGCCGAUGAGCUGGGUCUGCGCAAGGCAGUGAAGGCCGAAUUUGGCGGGGGCACCCGCAGCUUCUCCUGCGAAGAGGACUUCAUCUACGAGAAUGUGGAAAGCGAGCUGCGCUUCUUUACAUCGCAGGAGCGGCAGAGCAUCAUCCGCUUCUGGUUGCAGAACCUACGGGCCAAGCAGGGGGAGGCGCUGCACAACGUGCGCUUCUUGGAGGACCAGCCAAUCAUCCCAGAGCUGGCUGCCCGAGGCAUCAUACAGCAGGUGUUUCCGGUCCAUGAGCAGCGCAUUCUGAAUCGUCUCAUGAAGUCCUGGGUGCAGGCCGUGUGUGAAAACCAGCCCUUAGAUGACAUUUGUGACUACUUUGGGGUGAAGAUCGCCAUGUAUUUUGCCUGGCUGGGCUUCUACACAUCAGCAAUGGUUUACCCUGCUGUCUUUGGCUCUGUUUUGUAUACAUUUACUGAAGCCGAUCAGACAAGCCGGGAUGUUUCCUGUGUUGUCUUUGCUCUCUUCAACGUGAUCUGGUCAACACUGUUCUUGGAGGAGUGGAAACGAAGGGGCGCAGAGUUAGCCUACAAGUGGGGGACAUUAGACUCACCCGGGGAAGCUGUGGAGGAGCCACGACCCCAGUUCAGGGGUGUCCGACGCAUCAGCCCCAUCACUCAGGCUGAGGAGUUCUACUACCCGCCCUGGAAGCGACUGCUCUUCCAGCUGCUCGUCAGCCUGCCUCUGUGCCUGGCCUGCCUUGUCUGUGUCUUUGUGCUGAUGCUUGGCUGCUUCCAGUUGCAGGAGCUGGUCCUGAGCGUGAAGGGUUUACCCCGCCUGGUUCGCUUCCUGCCCAAGGUCAUGCUGGCCCUGCUGGUCAGUGUGAGCGCUGAGGGCUACAAGAAGUUAGCUGUGUGGCUCAAUGACAUGGAGAACUACCGGCUAGAGAGCGCCUACGAGAGGCACCUUAUCAUCAAAGUUGUCUUGUUCCAGUUUGUCAACUCGUACUUGAGUCUGUUCUACAUCGGCUUCUACCUCAAAGACAUGGACCGCCUGAAAGAGCUCCUGCUACUCCUGUCCCUGACCCAGAGCCUCGAGCGGCAGCUGCGGGCGGUGCUGGUCCCGCUCGUGGCCCUGCGGUUCCGCCUGCUCCUCCUGUCCCUCCGGGGUUUCCUGCUCGUGGCCUGGGCCAAAAUGCUGGCCACUCUGCUCAUCACCCGGCAGCUGCUGCAGAAUGUGCGCGAGGUGCUGCAGCCGCACCUGUAUCGCAGGCUGGGCCGCGGGGAGCUGGGUCUGCGCUCCAUCAGGGAACUGGCCCGGGCCCUGCUGGGCCUGCUGAACCCCUUGCGCCCGGACCCCCGAGGGCAUCUGGAGGCCCAGGCUGAUGAGGGAGGAGCAGGGAGCCACAGGUGUUUGGGUGGAGGCUGCGGGGCGCCGGAGGAAGAGGAAGAGACGGCAGUGGAGCGGAGGCCGGCAGGGGAAGGUGGAGAGGUCCCAGAUGGGCCUCGGGGUGGCAAGGAGGAGGAGGAGGACGAGGAAGACGAGGAGGACGAGGAGGACGAGGAGGACGAGGGCGAGGAAGGCGGCCUCCUGGACUGCGGGCUGCGCCUUAAGAAGGUCAGCUUUGCGGAGCGGGGCGCAGGGCGACGCAGGCCAGGCCCGGGUCCCGAUGGCCUCCUGGCAGAGGGGAGCCCCACCAUGGUGGAGAAAGGGCUGGAGCCUGGCGUGUUUACUCUGGCUGAGGAAGACGAUGAGCCAGAGGGGCCUCCCAGCAGCCCUGGGCCAGAGCCCCCGACCAUCUUACUUCGUCGCGCGAGCGGCGAGGGCCGCGACCAAGGUCCCGAUGGAGGCCGAGACCCAGAGACCAGCUCUGGCGACACGGGUGGGAGACAGAGGAGGAACAACAGGUCCUCAUGGAUCGACCCACCAGAGGAGGAGCAUUCGCCACAGCUCACACAGGCGGAGCUGGAGAGCUGCAUGAAGAAGUAUGAGGACACGUUUCAGGACUACCAGGAGAUGUUUGUGCAGUUCGGCUAUGUAGUGUUCUUCUCUUCCGCCUUCCCCCUGGCUGCCCUGUGCGCCCUAGUCAACAACCUGAUUGAGAUCCGAAGCGACGCCUUCAAGCUAUGCACCGCCCUACAGCGGCCCUUUGGGCAGCGAGUGGAGAGCAUCGGCCAGUGGCAGAAGGUCAUGGAGGCGAUGGGCGUGCUGGCAAUCGUGGUGAACUGCUACCUCAUUGGCCAGUGUGGCCAGCUGCAGCGCCUGUUUCCCUGGCUGAGCCCAGAGGCGGCCAUCGUGUCUGUGGUGGUGCUAGAGCACUUGGCUCUGCUGGUCAAGUACCUCAUCCACGCAACCAUCCCUGACAUCCCUGGAUGGGUGGCUGAAGAGAUGGCCAAACUGGAGUACCAGCGACGAGAAGCCUUCAAGCGGCACGAGCGGCAGGCGCAGCAGCGUUUCCAGCAGCAGCAGCGGAUGAGGCCUCAAGAGGACCCAGGGAACCCAUCAGGGUGGCGAUUUCGGGGCCUGGGUCCAGAUGCAUGGAAUCGUGACCCCAAGGACCCCUGGGCAAGGAGGUGCGGCAGUCAGUCCUAUGCCAGUCACUCCGGUCCCAGUGGCUCCAGCAGAGGUGUGCGGACCAAAGACGCUGGGUGA